AUGCACAUCAAAUCUUAACCUUUUUUCUUUGUCUCUAAACCAUAUCAAGUAUAUUAUAUUAUUAAAUUAGAGUCCAGAUUGCUAUCCAAUUAGGUUGGAUAGUAGGGGUUCUUAGGUGGAUAUACUAAAAGUGUUUUAUUUAGAAUAAUUGGUAAGUGAUUUAAGAAAAGAUAAUUAAUAGUUAUUUGAUUAAAUGGAAGAUAUGAGAAUUAAAAACUUUAAUAAGGAACAUGAAUAUAUAAAUCAAUUAAAAGAUUUAUAAGAAUAACUCUUAAAUAUUUAAGCACUGAAUAAAAAUUAUGAAUAUUAGAUCUAAUUAUUACAAUCUAAAAAAUCUUAUGUAGAAUUAAAUCAUAGAUUUUUAGAUUAAUAAUUAACAAAUAGUACAGGUAAAAAUAUAUAUAAUAUAUAUUUAUUAGAUUUAUUCAAUUCUAAAUUUCAAUCUGAAAGUGGAGAAUCAAAUUAAUAAAUUAAAAGUCUCAAUAAUAUUUUGGAACAAAAAAAUAUUAUAAUCAAAGAAUAUGAUGAUAUGAAAAAUAAAUUGAAAUUAACAUAAUUUGAGUAAUCCACUAAAAUUGAAUAAUUGAAUAAUGAAAUUCAUAAUCUAAACAAAUAGAUUACUAAAUUAGAACUUUAAUUAAUUAAUUAAUAAAAAUAAGUUACUCUAUAUUAAAAUGAAACUCAAUAAUGGAGAGGUAAAUUUUUAUAAUUAAAUAAAACUUAUAAUAAUAAAAGUUCAGAGUAAUUAGUAUUAACAAGUGUUGUUGAAUUAGAUACUACAUAAAAAGAAGUAUAAAAAAUAAAUGAAUUACGUAAUAAGAGAAGAAGUGUUGGAAGUAUUAUUUGA